AAACCGGCGUCAGGCCAUAGGCGAAGUGCCUAGCGUCCUCUUUGCUGUCGGUCGCACGCAGUCUCCUCGGUCUGUCCUCCGCGCUCGCACACACAGCCGCACCUCCUUCUCUCUUGCUUCGUCGUCGUUGCGACCGGUUGUUGCAGCAUCAGUGGUGGUCUCGUCGUCGCCGACAGCAGCCAUCUACUUCAACCUUUCCCUCAAAAAAGGGGUUUAGUUUCUUGCGCUCUCUUCAAUCUCUCCAAAUCGCAAGAUGACGGACGAAUACCUUCCCAAGACCCACCAGAAAACGGUACUCCUGAACCGUUCCACUGUCGUUCCCAAGUCAAGGACCAGUCUUUACAAUGUGUCUACCUCCGUCUCCCGCCUGUCCGGCUCGGGCUUCUUUGACCCUAGCGUCUACUCCAAGAUGUCCAACGCCGGCAUCUCCGACUUCCGUGGCAACCGCGAGAAGGAAAAGCGGGAGAUGCAGGGUCUGAACGAGCGUCUGGCCUCCUACAUCGAGAAGGUCCGCUUCCUCGAGGCCCAGAACAAGCGCCUGGAGGCCGAGAACGAGGCCCUGCGAAACCGCAAACAAGAGGACUGGAAACCCAUCCGGGACAUGUACGAAGGGGAGUUAAACCAGUGCCGAGAGCUGCUCAAGCAGAUGUCCACCGAGAAGGGUGUCAACGAGGGCCGUCUAGCGGGCAUGCAGGACGAAAUCCGAGCCCUCAAGGAACUGAUCAACACAUAUGAGAACCAGUCGAAGGACUACAUCAAAAAGAUCGAUCAGCUCAAUAACCAGAUCGGUGACUACGAAGGGGAGACAGCCACGCUGCGACUGAGGAUAGCGUCCCUUGAAGACGAGGUCGGCAAGUACCGUGACCUCUUGGCCAGGUUGAAGGAAGACAAUGCCCGCUUGCGCGCUGACCUGGAUGCUGAGACAUGUGCCCACAUUGAACACGAAGUUGACGCUCAGGCCAAGGCAGAAGAGAUCGAAUUCCUUAGGGAUCUUCUGGACAAGGUGCAGGUUCAAGAGCUACCACCCGUCACCGUCAAUGGCAAGGACUUGGAGGCUUUCUACAAAGGUGAAAUCGCCAGAUGCGUGCGAGAUAUUCAGCAGGAGUAUGACAAGCUGGCCGCCAUGACCAUGGACAUCGAAGCCAAAUAUGCCGCCCAGAUGAAUCAACUGCGUUCUGGCAAUGCCAGAGAGAACUUCGAGUUGGCGCACUCCAAGGAGGAAGUGAAGCGUUUGAAGGACGAGUUGGGCAAACUGAAGGCCACCAUUGCCGAACUGAACGCUGAGCUGUCGAAGACACGGUCUGAGCGUGACAGCUACAUGGCACAGCUGAGCGAACUGCAGCUGGAGCUGGACCGCGAGAGGACGGAGAACGCCCGCAGACUGGACGAGCUCAACAUGCAGAUCGAGGCUCUCAUGGCCAGCCUUCGCGAACUCAUGGACUGCAAGAUGUCCCUGGAACUCGAGAUCAGCUGCUACAAGAAGCUGCUGGAGGGCGAGGAGAACAGGACUGGCCUGAGACAGCUGGUAGAGCAGACGAUCGGCACCCGAGGCAGCGGAGCCGCCAGCCUGGCUGAUAUGAUCCAGCAAUCCAGCAUGAGCUCUUCAACCGGAAGGCUAACAAUUCAGAGGCAAGCCAAGGGACCCUGUACUAUUCGAUCAGUCGAGCAAUCAGGCAGUAAUAUUGUCAUAGAAAACACCAGUUCUGGAGCACGCGCUAAGAGCCAAAAUUUGGAUGGCUGGAGCAUUGAAAAGGAAGUGAACGGCAAGGUGACGUUUAAAGUCGCCCUACCGGACUUUGAACUGGAGCCUAAGGGAGCCUUCACGAUAUGGGCCAAGGGAGCCAAGGCCGUCAAGUCCGACAAGAGUGAAAUGAUCGCUGACUUCUUCUCCUUCGGUACCGGAAACGGCGUCUUCACACUGCGUGAUCAAACUGGCCAGGAGAAGGCGCAGCUGACUAUGCGCUUUGUCGAGCAGUCGUGAAAA